AGGAUUGUAUUGACAUGUUUUCUUCUUCAAAGUCUUUGGACCGCAUUUUUUCUAUCGUCUGGCAGCAGAAUGUGGUUCAAAGCUGUAGUGAUUUUAGCAGUGGGUUUUGUUGUCUUUUGUCUCGUACAAACAACUGAGGCGCACCAACAGAGUGCGAGAAAAAAGGUUGUUAAUCCAACGAAAACACCAACUACACUGUCUGAUGUGGUUAACAUGUUGAGGAAUCUCGAAAAAAGAAUAAUUCAGAUUGAAUCACAACGUUCUUUGCUGCUUCGAGGUAGAGAUGAUCGCGAUGGCCCACCAGGAAAACCUGGUAAAGAUGGACGCGAUGGGCGAGAUGGUUUACCAGGUCCACCAGGCUUGACAGGAGAGCCUCGACGUCAAGGGGUGCGAGGUCCACCAGGACCCAAGAGUGGUGGAGUACAGUACGUUCGAUGGGGAAGAACCAUCUGCCCUUACAAUGCUACUCUUCUUUACAAAGGACGUAUUGGAGGAGAACACUAUAGUCAUUCAGGUGGAGGUGCUAAUUACGUGUGUCUUCCUGAGACCCCCAAAUAUGGAAGGUACAAAGAUGGCCACCAGAACGCUGGAUACAUGUACGGUACAGAGUAGGAAGUGAACACAUUCAACCCGUUUAACACAAGUAAUCUUCAUGAUCAUGAAGCCCCGUGUGCUGUGUGCUUUGUUAAAGCAAAAAGUACCAAGAUAAUGAUCCCUGCGACUUACGAGUGUCCGGCGGAAUGGAGAAGAGAGUACCAUGGAUAUCUGAUGUCCGACCUUUAUAAUCAUGCACAUCCUACCCACUAUAUCUGUGUUGACAAUGACGCAGAGGCUGUACCAGGAACUCAUGAGGACCUCAAUGGUGCCCUGUUGUAUCCCGUGGGAGGUGUGUGUGGUUCUCUACCCUGUCAUCCAUAUGUUAACGGACGAGAACUGACAUGCGCAAUGUGAACGUGUACCAAGUGA